AUGACUCUACAUCGCCAGCAACCUAUCAGGCUCGAAACCCUCACCCCCUACACAGAUUGGACUCUAUGGAUGCAUGAUCUCGAGUUCCACGCCCGGCUCGAAGGAGUCUGGAACUACUGCAACCCCGAUGCCCCAGACGACGAAACCUCGGAACUCCAAGAACCGGAGACGCCACACAUCUCCACAGUGAGGCCCGGCGCCACCUCUAUCGUUGAUCUAGGACAAUCAGACUUCGCGGAACUGUCCUCUGUGGUAAACCAAUACUGGCGUCAGGUGUCCGCCUACGACAAUAUCCAAGACGGUCUACGUACCGUCUUCGAGCUCAUCAAAUCCCACGUCGACGAACACCACUCAAAUCUCAUCAAGUACGCCGAAACCCCGCGGGAACAACUCACAAUCCUUUCUCUCGAAUUCAAAAAGCACCACCUGGCGCAAAUGCAGCCAGAGUGGGAGCGUAUCCAACACCUGGCUCGAAGCCCCCAAGUACAAGAACUCUUCGAGCGCUGGAAGGACCUUUUCGCCAACUGCGUUGAAUACAUUGACCAAGACGUCCGGAAGGAAGAUGCCUUCUGGGAUUGUCUCGAGCCCGCGACGGGCGCGUCGUCGAGCUCGGCGCUGCAUUCACAAUACUGGAUUGCGAGCCAGAAUUGGGUUCGGGAUUUGGAGUAUAUGGACCGUGUUGUUAGGGCUGCUCAGCUUCGUUAG